ACCAGCGUGACAAUCAGCCCACGAUGAGCUACCUGCGUACCACAAGCUCUGCCAGCUCUGCCACUGUUCAGUGGUGUCAUGAUCUUGAACCAGAAGAAACAAAUUCUGAUGAGGGCUCUUCCUUGGCUACUCUCUCUUAGACCCGACUUGCAGCUCAGUCGCUCGCCGCCGCAAAUCUGCUGGGACGCAUAGUUACCUGGGCGAGCAACGAGAUGACUUGCGUCGAGUUCUCCCACAUCGUUUCGAAAUCCACCAAUCGGGACACUUUGGACGAGCUCGAAUACGCGUGGAACAAACCGCGCUUUACCUGCGACCUGGACUCGCCGAAGAACAUACAGAGGGGUUUCUUAUUCCUGUUUUGCUCUCGCCAGGCCCGCUCAUUCUUCUUUCUAGUGACGGAGCCCGUACACAUGUGGUUCGAUGAGCCUUUCGAACGUAACAUUGGAGGCGGCUGGUUCUGGCUUCCUCAAGAUAGGCAACUGCUUGACAAGCCCUUUGAGAUCUAUGUCCAUAACGCAGGAUCGCCACUAAGGAACGUUCGUUACGAUCCCAUCACGGUCUACCUACCUCAUUUUGUCAUCUAUGAUACCGGACGUAAACUCGAUGCGCUCUUUGGAGGACUCCGAACUCUGCUAGAUUACAGGAAAUUCUUCCGGUGCAGUGAGGAUCACGGUAUUGCGAUGCUGCACACCCACGCGAUCUACAGAGCCUCGAUGUGCGUCGAAUGAAGCCAGGAGUUUGUGCAGGUGGAUCGUCUGCCGGAGCCGAGCGACGUUGGGCUCUCUCAUCCUGGGCCGCAAGAUGAUACUGCAAGGGGUCAUGAAGGCUCCCCAUCUGAGAUGUUGAAGACGUAGGGGCCUGUUCUUGAUUUGACUGUAAUUAUCUAUUGUAAUGUUAUUGAGUGUGUAGCACUACUGUACUACUUGUUAGCUUGUUAGCUUGUUUGUUAGGAUUGACCACCUUUGGACGACCGAGGAUUUCUUUAAUCAACCAAUUUUACUUUGAGGGCUCAACUGGACGCGGG